GGUUUCUAUUUUUGGAGCAAGGCAGACUGCGUCUCCCACUAACCGCUUUUGGUACCACCCUAUUCGUCAACGACAUGUCCAGAUUCCUCCUCCCUUUGCAUCGUUGCUCCAAACAUGAGAACAACCUAUGAUGAAAUUGAGAGCUGUGUGGGGCUGUGGGCCGUGCAUUGCUCUCGAUACCCACUCUGCAAUUAAGCAUUUUUUGCAACAUGCAGAUCCAUUUAUCGAAAUGCCGGCUUUGGGGCUGUGUGAGCAUCAGUUGGCAGCAAGCAUUGCGAGCCUGUGCUAGGUCAUAUAGCUGCUUUUGGCAAGCACCUGUUCUUUCUCGGCCGUACUGGUUUCUUGUCACAUGCCGACAUUGCCUCUACGGACCCCUGUUUGGAGAGUAAUUGCUCGGUGUGGCUCCGGGUGUACUUCGUAAUGAGUGCUGAAAGGAGCAAGGAUGGGUCACAUUCGCAGGCAUCGCGAGAGCAGGCAUCGCGAGAAUUGCAGGCGAGACCACGGUAAGGCGGAAUAACACGUUUCCAGAAUGAAAUUAUUGUCGUCUUGAGAAUGAAGUCCUGCCGUCCAAUUGGGUGAUAUUAGGCGAGACGACGAGAGAAGAAAUGUGAGAUUGACCAGUCCAUUUUAUUUUGGAACCGGAUGCGCGCCGGCCAAGUUGAAUUUUGCAAGAUAGAGCUAACUCGGUGGAUCUUUACGAGACUUGCCCCUUUUCACAUUGUCGCCGAACACCGAUGAUACAAGCGUGGCCUUCUAUCACUCGUCCUCCUGAUGGUCGAACCGUCAGGACCGAAUUCUGUGGAUUCUGUUAAACCCAUCCGAGAACUUAGCAUCCGAGAUAUUAUAGUGCUUGGAUGAUCACAAUAGCGGCCUGCGAUCAGCAGCCGCUUCAUUAUUGACAGCAUGACUUUGUCAAUAGCAGCUGGCGCUUCAGUGCUGGUCUGUUGCUUCCCCUGUCUUGUCUGCUACAUCCUGCAACUAGAGACCUGUAUUCAAGAACGUUUCUGGAGGGAAAACCCAAAUGAGAGCCUUGAGCGCCCUCCACGCCGAUCCUCCAGCGGUCUUCAACCUAGUUUUGCUGCCUGUUUGCGGCGACCGCCCUUCUCCUUAGCCACUUCUGGGUUUUUGCUCUCCAGAAUCAACGGAACGGGGAUUGAUCUGAUGGUCUGGAUUCAGCUCACUGGUGCUGUGUCGAAGAUGCACCCUUUGCUUGCGUCUAAAAUCUUCCACAGUUCUGUCCCACACCAGCUGUGACCUUCCAGAUUGAUCGGAACACACAUUCAACGUAAUCUUUUGUUUCUUCACCUCAGAGUUUUCCAACGGGCCACUAUUCUAGUUUUUGGGAUGAGAUAGACUGCCUCUAGCAGAGUGCAAGGUGCUUCUUGGGCUGCAAUAUUUCCUGCAGAUGCUUCUGGAAAUACUGGAUCAUUUAAAAUCAAUUGUAAGGAUAUGGCUAACCUUAGUCUGAAAUUCAUGUUUUCUAUCUGUCGUUUAUCCAACAUUGUCCCGUUUACGGGGAAUAGCAAGCGGAGCUUGAGUGACCAGGUGUCAUUACUUGAUAGUCUUUAUCGUUUUCAGCUGUCCAAAGAUCGUGUUGGCCCUGCCAUUAGCAAGAGACACUACGCUUGACUUCAUGAAUUAGAAAAUGAACCAAGUUUUCUCUUACAUUUCUAAAUUGUUUAUCAACCCGUCACAAAAGCAACGAGUCAAUUGGUGCGGGGAGCUUGCACAACCUCAGUGGCAAUGAGAACAUUCAUUUUCACAGCAUGAAAGGAAGCGAAGCAAGGCGAGAAGUUCGUCCUGGGCUAAAUAGAUCCCGGGCUUCCCCUGAGCGAUACGCCGGCUGGGAAAUUCCCUUUUGUUAGUUUCUCUUUGCAUCUUAGGGACCUGAUGUGGGAUAUUUCCCAUCCGGGACAAAUUGAGAGGAUCUCUCGGUCCAACAUGCGGCGCUACAACGGAAGACUGGGCUCUGCUUUCCAUUGUUGACUGAAACUUGAAUUCUGUUUCUUUUGCAUUGUCAUUUUGCCCACUCUCCCUUUUUGUGCAAAAACUGUUCCUAUGUUCAGCUCUGAGAUGCUUCGCACAUAUGAUAUCUCUUGCUAUAUCUUCCACUGCAUAUUGGGCCGGCAUACUUCUCUUAAAAUUGGACAGACAUGUCCCUCAGUGCAAGCUUCUGUUGAAGAGUUCUCUGUUGAAUGCACAGAGAACCCGUACUGUAUCUGAUAACAGUAUGAUUGUAUAAACUUCGCCUCUGCGGUUACACGCUGACUAUACUUCACUUUGUUUACUUGAAUUUAUCGAUUCUGCCGUGCGGCUGCUGGCUAAAUACAUAUCAGGUCCCUGCUAUUCUCUCCGAUAUUGCUCUCCUGGCCUACCCAGGCCAGAAUUGAUUCUCGAAAUGCGAUUUCUCACAAUCUGAGUAGUUGCAAUAUAUCGUUAUGCUGCCUUGCUGUGGGCCCCCGUGGGCCUUUCAAGCGGACUAUCUGGUAGGGCGGCCAAUAUGAGUUACCAGAGGACACGCUCUGCAGUGCAUACGUACUGAUUGAUACAGGCUCAUAACCUGAUAAUCAGAGCUCUCUUCAUAUUUCGAGAAAAUGAAUCAUGAUGACGCCGUAAUUCCAUACUAACUGGCCAAGCAUGUUUUGGUUAUUGUUGUAAAUCAGAUAUUCACCUGCUUGCCAGCAGAGCUUUCAAGACUUCACUCUUUGAUAGCUCCAUGAAAGUUGUUCAAGCUUCCAUUUAUACGUUGACAUGUUAGCUC